UGACUUUUGUGCUGCUGAUGAAGAAUUUAGGAAAGAAUUUAAAGUUCCACCAUUUCAGGACUGCAUUUUAAGUUUUCUUGGAUUUUCUGAUGAAGAGAAAAACAACAUGGAAGAAAUGACAGAAAUGCAAGGAGGACAGCAUUUGCCUGUUGGUGAUGAACGGUGUACUCAUCUUAUAGUUGAAGAAAACACAGUGAAAAAUAUUCCAUUUGAGCCCUCUCCAAGCCUUUAUGUUGUAAAGCAGGAGUGGUUCUGGGGAAGCAUACAGAUGGAUGCCAGAGCUGGAGAAUCGAUGUACUUAUUUGAAAAGCCAAACAGCCCAGAAUUGAAGACCUCGGUCUCGCUUCUUUCUCUAAAUACUCCAAACAGCAACCGGAAGAGACGGCGUUUGAGAGAAACCCUUGCUCAGCUGACCAGGGACACGGACAUGUCUCCCUUUCCACCUCGGAAGCGGCCAUCGGCCGAGCAUUCCCUUUCCAUGGGAUCGUUACUUGACAUUUCUAAUACACCAGAGUCAAGUCUGGCUAACGGAGAAACUCCCAAGUCUUGUGCAAAGCCAUCCAAAAACACAACUCCCUUUCCUUCAAAGCAAUCAGCAAGGUGGCAGGUUGCAAAGGAGCUCUAUCAGACAGAAAGCAACUAUGUAGAUAUCCUGACAACCAUCAUCCAGGUCUUUCAAGUUCCCUUGGAAAAGGAAGGACAGCUUGGAGGCCCCAUUCUUGCACCAGAAGAAAUCAAAACUAUAUUCGGCAGUAUUCCAGAUAUCCUUGAUGUACAUAUUAAGAUAAAGGAAGACCUUGAAGACCUUAUGAUAAACUGGACUGAAAGCCAAAGCAUUGGUGAUAUUAUACUUAAAUACUCUAAAGACUUGGUGAAGACAUAUCCUCCUUUUGUGAACUUCUUUGAAAUGAGCAAGGAAACAAUUACCAAGUGUGAAAAGCAGAAGCCCAGGUUUCAUGCUUUCUUAAAGAUAAAUCAAGCUAAGCCAGAGUGUGGCCGCCAGAGUUUGGCAGAACUCCUUAUCCGGCCAGUACAGAGGCUGCCAAGCGUUGCCCUUCUUCUAAAUGACCUUAAGAAACACACCGCAGAAGACAAUCCUGACAAAGCAACCCUAGAGAACGCCAUUGAGUCAUUAAAGGAAGUGAUGACACACAUUAAUGAAGACAAAAGGAAGACUGAAGGCCAGAGGCAGAUUUUUGAUGUUGUUUAUGAAGUAGAUGGUUGCCCAGCUAACCUCUUGUCAUCUCAUCGCUGUCUAAUUCAGCGCCUGGAAACGGUUGCACUUGGUGAUGACCUCUGUGACAGAGGGGAGCAGGUCACUCUGUUCCUUUUUAACGACUGCCUGGAGAUUGCGAGGAAACGGCACAAAGUCAUUGGUGGCUUCAAGAGUCCGCAUGGCCACACCAGGCCCCCAGCCUGUCUCAAGCACAUCGUCCUCAUGCCUCUGUCUCAGAUCAAGAAGGUACUAGACAUCCGAGAGACGGAAGACUGCCGCAAAGCAUUUGCACUGGUUGUGCGGCCACCGACGGAGCAAAGCAAUCUUUUGUUCACUUUCCAAAUAACAACUGAGGAACCUCUCAAGGAGGACUGGCUGAAGAUGCUGUGUCGGCAUGUAGCGAACACCAUAUGUAAAGCAGAUGCUGAAAAUCUUAUUUAUGCAACUGAUCCUGAUUCUAUUGAAGUAAACACGAAAGAUGUGGAUAGUACAUUGAGUAGAGCAUCACGGGCCAUAAAGAAAACAUCCAAAAAGGUUACACGAGCAUUCUCUUUUUCCAAGACGCCAAAGAGAGCACUUCGAAGAGCUUUGAUAGCCCACAGCAGCGUAGAUGGAAAGAAUUUCGCUGGUGAAAGCUGUUUAGGGGGCCGCCUUGCCAGUACUUCAUCGUUAGCAAUGAUGCGUACUACUUCUACAUACAGCUUAAAUGGACCAAUUAAACAUUCCAUUCACAUACAGCGUUCCAACUCUAUUGACGGGACUUCCCAAAAUAUUAGACCUCGACCUCUAAUCCAUACUUCCUAUGAUCUAGAAGGGCGAAUGGCUUCCAGCUCUGAAAACUUAAAUAGCUGCUCCCUGGCCAGUUCUUAUCCAAUCAUCAGCAGUGAUGAAGCGGGUGAUGACCAUAGAGCUGCUUAAAGGCAUCCACUCUCCUUCCUUGAUCAAUCUGCCAUCAGUAUUUGAAAAGAGGAGCCAUACCUUCAGUCGAUCGACUACUCAUUUGAUA